AUGGCCUCCAACGGCGGGGGACUCCGCCACAGCAACAGCAGCCGCCUCUCGCGGAUGUCCUACUCCGGCGGGGGCGCGGGCGACGACGCCCGCGCGCAGGCGGCCGUCCCCGGCGACCGUCCCAUGGUCACCUUCGCCCGCCGCACGCACUCGGGCCGCUACGUGAGCUACUCGCGCGACGACCUCGACAGCGACCUCGGCAUCGGCGGCGACAUGUCCCCGGACCGCGAGGAGCAGCAACAGCAUCAGCAGUACGCGAGCUACCACGUGCACAUCCCGGCGACGCCCGACAACCAGCCCAUGGACCCGGCCAUCUCGGCGCGCGUGGAGGAGCAGUACGUCUCCAACUCGCUCUUCACGGGCGGCUUCAACAGCGUCACGCGCGCGCACCUCAUGGACAAGGUCACCGACUCCGAGGCCUCCCACCCGCAGAUGGCGGGCGCCAAGGGCUCCUCCUGCGCUGUCAACGGAUGCGACGACAAGGUCGCGAGCGACGAGCGCGGCGACGACAUACCCCCUGCGAGUGCGACUUCAAGAUCUGCGCCGAGUGCUUCGCGGACGCCGUCAAGAACGCCGGCGCCGUCUGCCCCGGGUGGCCCACGCUGUCGCUGCCUCCGCCGCCUGGCGCCGCCGCGUCCAGGAUGGAGAGGCGCCUCUCUCAUCAUGCGCUCCCAGAAGGCAAUGACCAGGAGCCAGACCGGAGACUGGGACCACAACCGCUGGCUCUUUGAGACCAAGGGCACGUAUGGCUAUGGCAAUGCCAUCUGGCCCAAGGAGAAUGAGGUGGACGCCGGAGGCAUGGGCGGAGGCGGCCUCGGUGGUGGAGGAGCUGAUGGCCAGCCGGCCGAGUUCACCGCCAAGCCAUGGAGGCCGCUCACUCGGAAGCUUCCCAUCCCUGCUGCCAUACUCAGCCCAUACAGGCUUCUCAUUCUUAUCCGCAUGGCCGUCCUUGCUCUAUUCCUUAUGUGGAGAAUUCAGCACAAGAAUGAGGAUGCAAUUUGGCUCUGGGGCAUGUCUGUUGUCUGUGAACUCUGGUUUGGCUUUUCAUGGCUGCUCGACCAGCUGCCAAAGCUGUGCCCUGUGAACCGAGCAACCGACCUUGCUGUCCUGAAAGACAAGUUUGAGACCCCAACGCCGUCGAACCCUACUGGACGAUCAGAUUUACCAGGGCUUGAUAUAUUUGUGUCCACUGCUGAUCCAGAGAAAGAACCUCCACUGCACAACAUUGAGCCUCGUAAUCCUGAAAGCUACUUCAAUCUUAAGAAGGACCCAUACAAGAACAAGGUUCGCCAGGAUUUUGUCAAGGACAGGAGGAGGGUUAAGAGGGAGUAUGAUGAGUUCAAGGUCAGGAUCAAUGCGCUGCCUGACUCGAUACGCCGACGCUCUGAUGCGUACCAUGCCAGGGAGGAAAUCAAGGCUAUGAAGAGGCAGCGAGAGACUGCUCUUGAUGAUGCAGUAGAGCCUGUUAAGAUCCCUAAAGCCACCUGGAUGGCUGAUGGCACUCAUUGGCCUGGUACCUGGAUUCAACCUUCUGCCGAGCAUACCCGUGGUGAUCAUGCUGGAAUAAUUCAGGUGAUGCUGAAACCUCCCAGUGAUGAUCCCUUGUAUGGCAGCGCUGGUGAUGAAGGCAGACCUCUUGAUUUCACUGAGGUCGACAUUCGUUUACCAAUGUUGGUCUAUGUGUCCCGAGAGAAGCGCCCUGGUUAUGACCACAACAAGAAGGCUGGUGCAAUGAAUGCCCUAGUCCGUUCAUCUGCUGUCAUGUCAAAUGGCCCCUUCAUCCUCAACCUCGACUGUGAUCACUAUGUCUACAACUCGCAAGCUUUCCGCGAGGGCAUGUGCUUCAUGAUGGACCGUGGUGGCGACCGUAUUGGUUAUGUUCAGUUCCCGCAGCGGUUUGAGGGCAUUGAUCCAUCAGAUCGCUAUGCUAACCACAACACUGUCUUCUUUGAUGUCAACAUGCGCGCACUGGAUGGUAUCAUGGGGCCAGUCUAUGUGGGCACUGGCUGUCUUUUCCGCCGUGUCGCCCUAUAUGGAUUUGACCCUCCGCGCUCCAAGGAACAUGGUGGCUGCUGCAGCUGUUGCUUUCCCCAGAGACGCAAGAUCAAAGCUUCAGCUGCUGCACCGGAGGAGACCCGGGCUCUAAGGAUGGCAGAUUUUGAUGAGGAUGAAAUGAACAUGUCAUCAUUCCCCAAGAAGUUUGGUAACUCGAACUUCCUCAUCAACUCCAUCCCAAUUGCUGAAUUCCAAGGGCGCCCGCUAGCUGAUCACCCUGGUGUCAAGAAUGGCCGUCCUCCAGGUGCUCUCACUGUUCCCCGUGACCUUCUUGAUGCAUCCACAGUUGCUGAGGCCAUCAGUGUCAUCUCAUGCUGGUACGAAGACAAGACCGAGUGGGGCCACCGUGUUGGUUGGAUCUAUGGUUCAGUCACAGAGGAUGUGGUCACUGGGUACCGGAUGCACAACCGUGGUUGGAAGUCUGUGUACUGUGUCACCAAGCGUGACGCCUUCCGCGGCACCGCACCCAUCAAUCUGACUGACCGUCUCCACCAAGUGCUCCGGUGGGCUACUGGUUCGGUGGAAAUCUUCUUCUCCCGCAACAAUGCGCUGCUUGCAAGCCGCAGGAUGAAGUUCCUCCAGAGGAUCGCCUACCUGAACGUCGGCAUCUACCCAUUCACGUCCAUCUUCCUGAUCGUCUACUGCUUCCUACCGGCGCUGUCCCUGUUCUCAGGGCAGUUCAUCGUGAAGACUCUCAACGUGGCAUUCCUGACGUACCUGCUGGGGAUCACGUUGAUGCUGUGCCUUCUGGCAGUGCUGGAGAUCAAGUGGUCAGGGAUCAGCCUGGAGGAGUGGUGGCGGAACGAGCAGUUCUGGCUGAUCGGCGGCACGAGCGCGCACCUCGCGGCCGUGCUGCAGGGCCUCCUGAAGGUGGUGGCGGGCAUCGAGAUCUCCUUCACGCUGACGUCAAAGUCCGGAGGCGACGACGUGGAUGACGAGUUCGCGGACCUGUACAUCGUCAAGUGGACGUCGCUGAUGAUCCCGCCCAUCGUGAUCAUGAUGGUGAACCUGAUCGCCAUCGCCGUGGGCUUCAGCCGCACCAUCUACAGUGAGAUCCCGCAGUGGAGCAAGCUGCUGGGUGGCGUCUUCUUCAGCUUCUGGGUGCUGGCUCACCUGUACCCAUUCGCCAAGGGCCUCAUGGGGCGCAGGGGCCGCACGCCCACCAUCGUCUUCGUCUGGGCGGGGCUCCUCUCCAUCACCAUCUCCCUGCUGUGGGUCGCCAUCAACCCGCCGUCUGGGAACCAGCAGAUCGGUGGGUCGUUCACCUUCCCCUGA